ACCGAUAUAAGUCACAUGCUAUGCAACAUGGACGUUUCGGAUUCUGUUGUGGUACAUCAUUACAAGUCGUUUUAAGACGGAUAGCAUUUUCCAACUUACUUCUUAAGGUUUCCUUCUGUAAAUAGGAAACUUUGAAAUGGAAGAAGAAAAUUCUUAUCAGCAAGAUGAAGCAAAAGUGGAAACGCGACCACAGUCUAUCAACUAUAGCGAAGAAUUUGAAGUGCAUGUACCUGAAGUGGGCACAAGUUGGUUUGCUGCAGUAUUCCUUGUUGUCAAUGCUGCAUUAGGUGCUGGUCUUCUCAAUUUCCCAGAAUCUUACUACCAAGCUGGUGGAGUUCUCAUUGGCAUAGUCAUUCAAGCAUUUUUGAUGAUAUUUGUGGUGGCAGCUCUAUUAAUUCUUGUGUACUGCUCUGAUAAAAACCAAAGUACUAACUACCAAGAAGUCGUUUUCUAUCUGUGUGGCCAUCAGGGUCUGUUGUGGUGUUCUAUCGCAAUCACGCUUUACUGCUAUGGUACCUGCAUCACUUUCCUUAUCAUCAUUGGCGACCAAUGGCAAGAAUUUUUUAUCUUUGUUAAUAAGGGCCUUUUCUGUACAAACCCUUGGUAUAUGAACCGAAUAUUUACUAUAGUAGUGACCUCAACAGUACUCAUUUUACCAUUCUGUUUCCCUAAGAAGAUAGAUUUCCUGAAGUAUGCAAGUUUCCUAGGAGUUGUGGCUGUUAUAUAUGUUGUGAUUGUUGUUAUUGCCAAAUAUGCAUUACUUGAAACUCCUCCUGAAUAUAUACGCACUUCACCUGAAAAUUGGAUUGAUGUCUUUUAUGUCAUGCCUACUGUUUGUUUCUCCUAUCAGUGCCAUGUUAGUGUUAUACCCAUUUACUCUUGUCUAAAAAAGAGAACACUACGGGAAUUUUCUAAGACGAUUGCUGUGGCUCUUGCCCUUUGUAUAAUUACUUACACAGUUAUGGCAACGUGUGGCUACUUAACAUUUGGUUCCAAAAUCAAAAGUGACAUUCUCUUAUCUUACAAUAACCCAGAUGUCUCGAUCCUUGUAGCUGUACUUUUAAUAGGUUUCAAGACUUACACUUGCUAUCCAAUUUUACAUUUUUGUGGCAGGGCUGGUUUAGAAAGUUUAUGGUGUUAUAUAUUUAAUCUCUCUGCUGUGAGUGCCAGUAUCCAUGAGAAAGUACGGCGUAUUAUAAUGACUCUAGUCUGGUUUUUUACAACUCUUCUCCUUGCUGUGUUAAUUCCUAAUAUUGGAGUAGUCAUCGCAUUCCUUGGAACAUUAGCAGCUGUCUUUAUCUUUGUCUUCCCAGGUAUAUGCAUCCUUCAACUAGGUUUACAUAUGAACGACUUCCCAGUGUGGAAACCACGACUAGCUGUUGGCAGUGGAAUAUUAUUUUUGUCUUUAGGUGCUUUUAUUUUUGGUGUCACCUUUACUCAAGCCAUUCUGGAUAACCUUCAUGGGUUUUCUGGGAGUGGAGCAGAAAAUACCUGUGAUACAAACGUUACAUCUACCUAGAAAAAAAAAAGUAUAUUGAACAAAUAUGAACAAAAAUUGUUAAAUUUUAAUGAUUUUUUUUUUUUCCAUAACAUUUGUUCCUUUCAUCCAGUUUUUGUAUUCUGUAAAAGUGUUUUCAGUGUAAUUCAGUGUUCAAAAAUACUUUGGAUAAUGUGAUAUUCUAUUAACAUAUUUUUGUAAUAAUUUGAUAAAUGAAUUUAUUUUCUUGUGUUUUAUAUAUAAUAUAUAUAUCAUCAUCAUUUAGCGUCCAUGUUCCAUGCUGGCAUGGAUUGAACUGUUCAACAGGAUUAUGACUAUGCAUUGGGCUUUAAUGUCUGCUCAAGGCAGUCCCCUAGAUGGUCAGAUCCUGUGAAACUACCCAACUUGUGCCAGCAUGGAAUAUGAUUAUUAAAUGGUGGUUUACAUAUAUAAUGUUUUCAGUUUCAACAAAUUUAGUACUAUAAUUCUAUAUAUUUUUAGUACUAUAAUUCUAUAUAUUUUUAGUUACAUCUUUUGCGUGUAAAUUUUUUUAGAUAAAAAUCAACAAAUUUUUUUGUUAAUUACAUGUAUUAUAAAAAUUGCUAUUUUUUACUAUAGCUCUCACUUUCUAGAUCUUUUCACUAAGAUCUAUACCGGUUUAUUUAUGUACCAUUUGUCAAAUGAGAAGUCACUCUUUAAAUGGCUAAACUAUUGCAGGCUGUUAUUCCUAAGAGAGUAAUUAAAUUCAACACUGCAAGCUAAUGAAGUACAGUGUUAUUGUUGCUUAAAGCAAUAAAACUAUACUGCCUCCAUGGCUCUUGCUCAUACUUGGUUACUGAAAGUUUAGUAUGUUUGAUAGGCAUAUAAAGUAGCUGUACUAACAAGCCAUGAACUACCAAUCUCUAAGCUGAUUGUUGUCUUGUCUCAUGCUCUAUCAGUGUUGUUAUUGUCAUGUUUCCACUGUAACUGCUCCGUAAUUAGAAAUCUGUUCAAUCAUGGGACCAUCACAACUAUUUCUUUACGAACUACAUGGUUCCGGGUUCAGUCCCACUGCGUGACACCUUGGGCAGGUGUCUUCUACUAUAGCCUCGGGCCAACCAAAGCCUUGUGAGUGAAUUUGGUAGACAGAAACUGAAAGAAGC